AUGUCUACCUCGGAUCUACCUCGCUGUAGUUCAUGUUUACGGUCUUGGAAUGUCGUGGCACGUGCCCGUUCAUCUCGUAGAACUAAAGCAGGACCAAAGGGUACUCCUCUGCCACGUUGUGAGGCGUGUCAUUGGGCAAGAUUUAAGUCUAACAAUCGAUCAAAUCGCAAUGCGGAUCUCCUGCCACAACCAUCCAAGAUCAUAACGUUUGCUGCAUUCAAAGAGGAAGUGUACCUACUCGGCCAACAACUGGACUGGAAAUCCUUCUCGGCCGUCAUUUUUGACAUUUGGAAUGGAGAUAGUCAAGACGUUCGGGCCAUUUAUUCCCGUAUCAGUGCUCUCGUCCACGAACAUACGGG